AUGAAUCGUAAAACUAGUGUAAUUUGGGACUAUUUUACAAUUAUUGAAAAUGAAAAAGCAAAAUGUAGUUUUUGUAAAACAGUGCUUAAGUUUAAUCAAUCGUCAACAACAAAUUUACUUAGACACGUAAAAUCAAAACAUCCAACAAUUGAUUUAUCCAAACGUUUGAGGCCUACUCUUGAUUUAGAACAAAGUGAUCCUGAUUACCCUUCUUGCAUUAAUGACAUCCUGCCGGCUUCAACAUCUUCUAAUUCAGCCCCAUCAACUUCAACGCCUAAUAGAGAUCGAUCCCCCAUUGUUCAUCGUCAGCCAUCAUCUAGUGGUCAGCAACAAUUGCGUAUUUCAAAUUAUUUCAGCAAACCAGUAACUGCAUCCAAAAGACAAUUAAUUGACCAACAGGUAAUUAAAAUGAUAGUUAAAGAAUAUUACCCUUUUAGCAUAGUAGAGGAUAUUGAAUUUAAAAAGCUUAUAAAUAUGCUGAACCCGGGUUAUAGUCUUCCGUGUAGGAAAACCCUUUCAACAUCAUUAUUACCCGUUCUUUAUAAUACAAUUCACCAACAAGUCCAAUCAGAUAUUGAAGUUAAUGCACAGUACAUUGCCUUAACUACUGAUGCAUGGACAUCAAUUAGGAAUGAGAGUUAUACGGCAAUUACAGUUCACUUCAUAGAUCAGAACUGUCAUUUAAAGUCAUAUCUUUUAUCAUGUGCCAAAUUCCCUGUGAGACAUACAAGUCAAAAUAUUAAAGAUGAUUUACAAAACGUUAUAAGGCAAUGGGGUUUACAAAAUAAAGUAGCAGCGUGUGCCACUGACAAUGCUGCAAACAUAACUGCAGCGAUUCGCUUAUGUAAGUGGAGACACAUUCCGUGCUUUGCUCAUUCCCUUAAUCUGAUAGUACAAUCUUCUCCGAACACAUACAAGAAACAAGAAGUAAAGUUAAAACUAUUGUUGAAUAUUUUAAAAGGAGUUCAAUUGCCACUGAAAAAUUAA